CACAAAAGAAAAGCAAGAAAACAAAACGCUUUUUUUUGUAGCAAAAUGGCUAUCAAUAGAAUUGCGAUUGGAACGCCAGGAGAAGCUAGCGGUCGAGAUGCGAUCAGAGCGGCUUUUGCUGAGUUUUUCUCCAUGGUUAUAUUCGUUUUCGCCGGUCAAGGCUCCGGCAUGGCUUACGGAAAGCUAACUGGAGACGGUCCAGCCACACCUUCUGGUCUAGUGGCCGCGUCUUUGUCUCAUGCGUUUGCAUUGUUCGUGGCGGUUUCCGUUGGAGCAAACGUUUCAGGCGGCCACGUGAAUCCCGCGGUUACGUUUGGAGCUUUUAUAGGUGGGAACAUCACGUUGUUGAGAGCUAUUCUUUAUUGGAUUGCUCAGUUACUUGGAGCAGUAGUAGCUUGCUUGUUGCUCAAGGUAAGUACUGGAGGGAUGGAAACGGCAGCGUUUUCGCUCUCUCAUGGAGUCACACCGUGGAACGCAGUCGUUUUCGAGAUUGUGAUGACGUUUGGGUUGGUUUACACUGUUUACGCUACUGCCGUGGAUCCCAAGAAAGGUGAUAUUGGAAUCAUUGCUCCUUUAGCGAUUGGGUUAAUCGUUGGAGCUAAUAUUCUCGUUGGUGGUGCGUUUGAUGGUGCGUCGAUGAACCCGGCCGUUUCGUUCGGUCCUGCCGUGGUUAGCUGGACCUGGACGAACCAUUGGGUCUAUUGGGUCGGUCCAUUUAUUGGUGCAGCCAUUGCAGCUAUUGUUUAUGACACUAUCUUUAUUGAUAGUAAUGGACAUGAACCACUUCCUUCUAGUGAUUUCUAAGUUAGGGUUUUUUCUGAUUUCUUCAAAAACAAGAAAGCUGAUGUUGUACUGAUGAGAGAGGUGUAUGUUUUUAACUCUGAUGCGUGUUUUUUUAUUAUGUUUGUAGCAUGUGGCUAAAGAUGUUACUUUUUACUACUUUGUGUUUCUUUAAGUGAUUAAUAAAUAAAAUAUUGGAAUUCCCAUAUACUAUUUAAAUUGGAUUGGAUUAAUGUGCGCGGGGUUUACGUAGUAUCAGUUCACACGUAAGAAAUCAUGUGCAGCGAAAUUGAUUGGAGAGUAUAUUCUUGAGAUAAUGCUCCCAUGGUGACAACAAAUAAAAUAUAAUAGGACCCGCCAUUAUAAUACAAUUGAGAAUAUAUUAUGGAUAAUGGAUGGUUGGUUCGUCCAUGCACGUUCUAUGUGUGAAUCUUAGCUAAUGAUGUUUUUAGUGGAUAUAGGAAUUGUUUACACAAAAAAAAAAUAUUCAAACAAAAAAAAAAACUAAAUGUGCACAAGAACAAGAAAAAAAUAUGAUGUCUAAGAAUUCUCAGUCAAUUAGCUAGAGACUAUCACAAGAUUAUUGCUUCAGCAGUAAAUAAUUUACGUUUAGUGAAAAUGAUAAGCCUUCAAAAACAUUGUUUGAAAAUAAUAAAUUGGAAUAUGAAUAUAUGUGACUAAUUGCAUUCGUAUGAACGUAUAUCGUCGGUGUCCCGGUUUUUCCUCUAAAACGCGUUUGGAGUUGCAUGCACGUUCAACCAAAGUGCGAUGACCUGAUUUAGUUCUUAAUCCGUCAAUAAUUAUGAGUACUAUUGUUUAUUCAUCGUGGAUUUAUAGAGAGAUAUAUUAAUGGUCGUACGUAGGAUAGGAUAUAGUUUUCUACCAUGAUAUCAUAUCAUUAUAUCAUACCCAAUAUUUUAUAUAAAAAAUCAGAAGUCGGAUCGAUAACGAACUAUAAUAUUGUUGUAUAUUACUCCUAUUUGUUCAUAUCAUUCGAUCGAUGAGCUAAAAGUCUACAUAAGAAAGUUAUCAUUAUAAUACGAAUUUUCAUUUAUUUAACUAUUGUUCAAUUAAUUAUACAUACCGUCACAAGAUAUUUUAACUAAAUUAAAUCUCAACAUACUGUGUAAUCACGUGCGUUAAUCAAUAGAUCAUCGUAUGUUGUAUUGUAUCAUGGCUCUGUUAGCUAUAUUUUCUUGUCAUGUACGAACUCUGUAUUUCAUAUUAAUAACAUAAUCAGAUUGACGCCAAAACAAGUUCAAUUUUCUGAAGAAGAAUUUCCUAAUAUUCGUCAAAAAUUCAUUACAAUAGUUUUAUAUGUCGAAUUACUCUUCUUUUUGGUCGGUAUCGAAUCACAAACUCGUCUAAACCCUAUAUAGUAUAUUAAAUGAAUAUAAACAAAGUUGAUCAAAAUCUCGAAUCCAUUAGUGGGCUGAAAAGGCUCUAUAAGAAGCCUCUCGCAUUCACAAAUAUGACCCUCGGGGCCUACUAAAAGUAAAGCACAGGAAUCUUUACUAAGAUAGAAAACACCACGCGUCGCUUAAAAAUGAAACAUACACUCGCUCGUUAAUUUCACAUGGGGGGCGUGCCAUGCAGAACGUUCGGCUCAUCUAAGCUGGGUUUAGGCCCUCUAUCUGUAGCUUCACUGGGCUUUAACCUUCUUUAAUAUGACUUUCUAUAGAGCCCAAAAAGAAUAGUACACAUCAUUCAGUAAUUAUUUUCUUUUUAUUUCGGAAAAUUAUCUGUACUUUACCAAUGGUUUGACUUUGACUAUAAAAUUUGGAAGAGAUCUAGGGUUGUUGCCAGUGGAUGAUGUCAGACGUCUGAUCUUGUCUUGCACACAAUAUUUCAAUAAUGUGUAAUUGCUGUCGGUAUAAUAUGUUUUGGGUUGAUAUUAUUAUUCAAGUAUUUUGUCAUUUUAUUAGUUUUCUGAAUAGGUUUCCCGCUUCUGUAAAUUUUAUUUUCAAAAUAGAUGAUUAAAAUACUGAAAAAGUAAUGUGCAGUAGUAGUAAGUAGGCUGAAGUUUACGUUUUAGAUAGAAGUGAGACGGAUGUGUCAAUGAGACUUAGCUCUGACCAUAGAGACGGAUGUGCCAAUGAGACUUCGCUCUAACCAUAGACUCCACUUUAUGAUACUUUCGAAACAUUGGAAUAGUAAAUUUUAUCUGCCACCUUUCUCAUCGUUUUUCUAAGUAAAGUUAAAAAGUGAAAACUAGUGUCAUUUUAGUAAGUAGCUAUAUAAAAUCUUGAUUUAUAUAUAUCAUAGGUGGUCCUUCUAAUCGAGCGUAGUAUUGUCAGACGCAUGGAUGAUACAAGUACCAUUACACUGAAAUAAAAUCUUAACAAGAAAAUGCGAAGAAGACUGAAUACGACUUUUUCUUACGUAAUGAUGAUGUUCAGCUUUAAUUGUAUUUGUUUCCCUUUCCGUAACCAUUUAAUACGGAGUCAAAUUCCGAACAUUUACUACAUGACAAGUAAAAAAAUAUCCAUAGGUUUUUUUGAAAGUUACAGGCAAUAAUAAUAACAAAAAUGUCAGGCAAAUAACAAAUUUAAGGGGCCAUAAAUUCAAUUGUACAACCUGAGAUUGAUUUUAAAAGGAAUUUUAAAAAAUUGGUUUAAACCCCUCAAAAAAAUUCAUUUGGGCUUUAUUUAUUUUUACGUUCCUUUUUGUAACCUAAAGCUACACACACUACAAGGAAGAAAAAGAGU